AUAUGCCUUAAUAUGUGCUAUAUAUAAUAUAUAGUGUUCGUUGUAUGUCAUUCGCAACCAACGCGCUAUCUAUAGCUCACAGCUCACCGCUUGUUCUAGUUUCCAACCUGUAUACAACUGAGUAGUCACUGGGUAUAUCUGAGUUUAGGGGGAUUGCCUGAGUUAAUAAUAGUAGCACACUUAUAUAGACCGCUUAUUGUCUACGUAUAUUGCAUAUAUCAAGUAUGUAUAACAUAUAUAUGCUGUAAAUCUAUCUGAUUUUUUUCCUAUGCAAACCUCUGUGCCCAGAUAUCGUCACCCUUCAUUGACAAAGUUAGACUGACUACCGCGUGUACUGUACUGUACUGUACUGUACUGUACGCAUUUAUAAAUAAAAUGUUACGAUCUGCGCUGUCUACAGGUGGACCGACUUUCGUGUGUGCAGGAAAAGUGCUUCACUCGCAGCCAGCUAAUGCGCGUACGUGUGCGCAAGUACAGAAACACGUAAACGUGCAAAUACGUACACAUCCGCAUAGCACACGGUCACAAACAAGCAGUUUACGCGCACCAUCCAAUAGUUUACGUACACAGACGACACAGGCAGCCGCUUGCAAUGAGACAUACUGCUUUCGCAUACGUACUCCUACUACACUAUAUAGCAAGCGUAUACCUCUCAUUGAAGGUGUGUGUACAUCACAACAAAAGCGCCACUUUCGCACAAGCAACUACCUCUUCAGAAGGAAAGUAAGGCACCCCACUAUACGUAUAAAUAGCUCAGGCAAAGCCAGUAAUAAAUGGACACCCCACGCGGCGAAGGAUAAUGACGACAACGGUAGUGUACGACAUACCAUGAACCCAACCGCAUACGCUCUGCAUACCAUGGGUGUCGAGCUUAAUGGCAGCUGUCCCAAUUGCGAGGAUGUGGGCUCGCUUACUAAAGACAAGAAAGGGUCCAAAUUUACUUGUUCGGAAUGCGGAAUAACGUGUGAAUAUGGCGAUAUUGAUGUUAGCGGUACUGCCGACGAUCUGGCGAUCCUGGAUGUGCUGCUUCCCAGGCCGCGGGAGCUGAUGGCAAUGCUGGACGAACACGUUAUAGGCCAGUCCCAGGCAAAGAAGGUCAUGUCUGUGGCUGUGUACAAUCAUUACAAACGUGUGAGGAGGUCUAUGCUGUACAGUGACAGCAGCAAACACCAACUAGAAGUUGGGCCUGCAGUAUAUAAGGUGGGGGACAAAGAGUAUAUGAAUCCAGCCCAUCUGAGGAAGCAGGAUGGUACCGAACAUCCCGUGUGGAGCGCACGGCAAGUGGACAGUACACCACAAGCACAGUCCACACACACGGGCGAUGUACAUGCACAUGCGCACACACACACAGACGGUAUACCGCUACACACAGAUGAUGCUCCACACAACACAGACACAGACAUUCGUGGGGAAGACGCUACUAGCACACAGGAGCACAAGGAUGGCGAUGCGGAGGGUCAAAGCAGUGCACCUAAAGACGCGUCUGAGGGCAGUGGGGACGGGCUGACGAAAAAGAGUCUGGCGGAACGCUUGAGUAUAGAGUGUGAGCGCCGCAAGAAUAUGCCGCACCUGGAGAAGGCCAAUGUCAUGAUGUAUGGGCCUACGGGUACAGGGAAGACGCUUAUAGCGAAAACUAUCGCCGAAGCCCUCGAUGUGCCAUUCGUCGUUUUCGACUGCACGACCUUGACGCAGGCGGGAUAUGCUGGUGAGGAUGUGCAGUCGGUCAUAGCUGGACUGCUCAAGAAUGCCGAGUACAACGUGAGUGCUGCUGAGCAGGGCAUUGUGUUUCUAGAUGAGGUUGAUAAGCUGUGCAGGAAACCAGAUGUCAGGCGAGAUGUCAGUGGCGAAGGGGUACAGCACGGUCUGCUCAAGCUACUUGAGGGCACCAAAGUGGAUAUUACCGAGAAGCGCAGGGGUCCAGCAGGUGGUGGUGCGAAGGAGGUGACAUAUACCGUUGACACAGCCAACAUACUGUUCGUGGGAAGUGGUGCGUUCACGGAAUUGGACGAAAUAGUCAAGCGCAGAGUGGCACCUACGACGAUUGGAUUCGGUGCAACAACGGUGGACACCACCAGUCUGGUCAAACACGUGCAACAAACCGACCUAAUUCAGUGUGGACUCAUUCCGGAGUUCGUGGGCCGCUUUCAGGUCAAUGUGGGUCUCGAUAUUCUCAGCAAGGCCGAUCUGAAACGGGUCAUGUGUGAACCAAAAAAUGCUAUCCUCGAGCAAUACCACGCUCUUCUGCGGAUGGAUAAGACUGACCUCUAUGUCACGGCUAGUGCCAUGGAUGAGAUUGCGGCUGAGUGUCUAAAGAAGAAAGUCAAUGCCAGGGGCUUGCGUGGUAUUCUGGAGCGUGUUUUGCUCGAUGCUAUGUUUGAGGCUCCGGAUGAGUUAGUGGAGGCUGUAGUGGUGGACGGGGCUGCCGUAAGGGGCGAGACUCAAUCAGCCAUUGUCUACCGAACUGUUGACAGGCCGCCGAGUGAUGUGGCACAAGAGCCGGUCAUCGCCCACAGUAGCAGUGAACCAAAUAAGGCCAGCGAAAGACUCGUCGCAGAGGUUUAGUGCACCUCUGGGAUAUAUUUAGCGCCCAUAGCUGGCGCAUGUACAAUGCAGAAUACAUGUGCAAAAUUUCUAGUUAUCGUAUAUAUAAUCCAAUAUUAUAUAAAUAUCCAUGAGGUUUGUAUUUCUCAGGCAUCUGUACGCGGC